GUUCAAUCACAAAAUCAAGCAAAACUGCAUAGAAGCAGGAAAUAGAAGUAACCAAAUUCAAAUCGGCGCAAACUGAUUGGACGCCACCUUUCAUACAUAAACAUAAAUUAUGUAGGCUCCUUCUACAUCUAUACCAACGCUUUUUUAAACAAAUUCCCAUUUUCAACCUUUUUGUUAUCGAAGAAAAAUAUUAUCAGUUUGCAAGCUAAUUUUUAUUCUUUGCACUCAUUUAUGUUACCUGCAAAACUGGAUUCGAUAACAAAAGUGAAAAAGCUACAAUCUAAUUUAAAACCACUCACCCUAUUUAUCCUGAUAUUCCAAUUAUGCUGUUGUUCGAUUGCGACUUCUCAACUUAGACUACCCGCUUUAAUACUUCCUUUUCCGUUUUAGCAUCCCUUCCAUAUUUCCUUAAUUGGCAAGAGAAAGCUGAAAAAAUGUCAGGACCUACCAUCAGCAGCAGCAUUGAUCAGAAACUUCAUUUGAACCAAAACAAACUCUAUAAUCGAGCUCCGAUGACAACAUUUUUGGACUUCAAUGAGACUGAAUGCUUUGUGGUCUCACAUUGCUACGCUUUGCUCGCAAUAUUCGGCUCGGCAAUUAACCUAACAGUGGCUGUCGUACUUUUGACAAAACUUCGCAGCGCUGUGCCGAGAAACGCGUCAGACGUUCUGAUAGUUAUGCUGGCGCUAAUUUGCUUCCUAGCAUGUAUCGUUCUUUUUCCAAUGGAGGCCGGCAACUGCAACGACAAUGAAAGUGAUUUCGUCUUCUGGUAUACAUUUUUCCUCGAGAUCUCCUCAACUAUAGCUAUGCUGUCAAUCGCUGUCAACAGGUACAUUCUCAUCUGUCAUGUGGCUUCACGAUUCGAAUUCACCUUCAAAACAGCCAUAGCUGUUUCUAUCUCCAACCUCGCUGUCUCCGUCAUCUUCUCAACCUUGGCGACUCACUUCGAUCGUCUAGCCAUGCUAGUUUAUAUCUCAAUCAUCGUUCUAAUUCUCAUCGGCAUGACUAUACUGUACACUCUCAGUUACUCUGAACUUAGCCGACGAGCCAAGAGAUCCCGACACCGAAGUGUACACCUCAGCAUUCGACCAGAGACAACUGACCUUCAGUCCCCGAAUGCAGUCGAAGCUCAGAGCAAUCGGGCUGUUGGACUCUCGGUUCCUGUGAUUAACAUCGAACCGCUGACUCCUUCUAAUGACCCUGAUAAGCCGGUUGCAGCUCCCGUGGACGAUGGAAAAAUCCAAGGCCCAGAAUUAGAAAAAGUCGCAGCCGGUAUGAAGCUGGAUCUCAAAGACUCUCAAAUGGAGAACUCGCGUGGACGACUUAUCAAUACUGCCAACUCAGGUUCAGAGAACAGAACUCAAUUAAAAGAGAAUAAAUCGCAAGCAGCACAUAAGAGUCAGAUGGAGCUCAUGAGAGUCAGAUCCGCUAAAGUCUUCGCCACAAUCACUGCUGUCUAUAUUGUAUGUUUCCUUCCCUGCGUAAUUCUCACAGUCAUCGUCUUUGGGUACGGUGAAGAGUUUAUAAUGACGCCCAAACCAAAACUGGUCGAAAUCAUUAUGCGCUAUGGCAACUCGGUGUUCAAUUUUAAUUUCAUCAUUAUGCCAGUGAUCUACGUCAGUCUCAGCCCGCAAUUCUCAAAAGACUUCAAGCAAUUUGCAAAUGAAAUGAGAUCGAAAACUUUCAAAAUUCUAUAUUAA